GUCGCUGUUGCCGCAGCGCGGGGAGGGGGCAGCCGAGGGGGCGGUGACGGCGCGCGCCCGCCCGCCGAGCGCGCCCCCGCGGCAGCUUUUAGUUGCUGUUUCGUCCACAAGAGCUAAAGCUUCGUGAAGUUUUUAACGCUACCAGCCGUGGUGAAGUUUCCUCAGGAGCGGUGCUGAUCCCAUCAGCUUGCUGUCCGCGCUGCUGAAAUAAUGUAGCGGAAAUGAUAGCAGAGCCCAACGCAGCCAGUAACCUUCCCAGCCAAAAAGAGAAUGCUGGUCGUGAUGAGACUGUGCCCGAGUCUACUGUGGGGAACGGCAGCUGUGUGAGAAAUGGCAACCUGAGAACACCAAGAGAGAAACGGAAGGUCCAGGAACACUGUGAAAACAUAAGGAGAAAUUCUUCCAGUAGCAGAAGAGUGAGCCAGCUGCAGAAUGGAGAACUGGUUGAGGCAGUUACGUUGUUUGAAGUGGUUAGCAUGGGAAAACAGGCCAUGCAGUCUGUUGUAGAUGACUGGGUUGAAGCUUAUAAACAAGAUAGGAAUGUGGCACUUCUAGAUCUGAUCAACUUCUUCAUUCAGUGCUCAGGCUGUCAAGGCAUGGUAACAGCAGAGAUGUUCCAAAGUUUGCACAAGAAGGAUAUCAUGCAAAAAAUGACAGAGACUUUUGAUGAGGAAACUGGGCUGCAGUACAAGAAGUUUGUGGCCUAUCCUUGGAUCCUGACAGUUACUUGGCCAGUGGACAUGGACAAUGAAGACUACCCACUGAUCAGAACAGGACCCUAUUGGAAGAAGUUUAAGGCCAAUUUCUGUGAAUUUAUUGCAGUGCUUGUCCAACAGUGCCAGUGCAGCAUCCUGUAUGAUAGCUACUUGAUGGACACUAUCAUCUCGCUGCUCACAGGCUUAGCGGACUCCAUGGUCAGAGCAUUUAGGCACACAAGCACUUUGGCAGCAAUGAAACUUCUGACAGCGGUUGUAAGCGUACAUCUGAACCUUGAUGUCAACAAGCACAAUGCUCAAAGGUUAUACGAGGUGGAGAAGAAGAGGAUAAGUGGCAAGAGGACCAAUUACAGACUUGACCAGCUAGAGAGAAAAAGGAAAGAGUAUGAGCAUAAACUUCUAGAGAUACAGCACAUGACAAAUGCUAUUUUCAAAGGGACGUUUCUAAACCGUUACCGCGAUGUGAUCCCUGAGAUCCGAGCAGCUUGCAUUGAAGAAAUUGGCAGCUGGAUUAAAACAUACCCAGAUGUUUUUUUAAAUGAUAGCUAUUUAAAGUACAUUGGGUGGAUGCUGUAUGAUAAGCAAGCUGAAGUACGGUUGAAGUGUCUUCUGGGACUGCAGGGAAUUUAUAGCAGAAAAGAACUUGUUUCCAGGAUGGAUCUCUUUACUAGCAGAUUCAAGGAUCGAAUUGUGUCCAUGCCUCUGGACAAGGACCAUGAAGUAGCAGUUCAAGCCAUGAAACUCUUGAUGCUUAUGUCACAGAACUGUGAGGAUGUGUUAUCAGCUGAAGACUGUGAAAUGUUAUACCAGUUUGUUUAUACCACACACCGACCACUUGCAGUAGCAGCUGGGGAAUUCCUUUACAAAAGGCUGCUUAGUCAUGAGGGAGAUGAAGAAAUUCAGCCCAAAGGAGGAGGGAAGUCUGGGGCGAGUACUGACCAGUUGAAAAGAUUAAUAUGUUUUUUCCUGCAGAGUGAGCUACACAAACAUGUUGCAUACCUCAUAGACAGCUUGUGGGACUGGGCAGGCAAAUUCCUGAAGGACUGGGAGUGCAUGACCACUCUUCUGUUAAAAAAUACUGAAGAAGGUAGAGAAGCACUGAGCGAUGCCCAUGAAAGUGCUCUCAUUGAAAUUAUCCUCGCAACGGUUAAAGAAGCAGCUGAAGGUCAUCCUCCAGUGGGCAGAGGUGCAGCCAAAAAAAUUUUGUCAGUAAAAGAGAAGAAGAUACAAUUGGAAGAUUGUACCAAAAUUACCGAACACUUUAUUGUGGUGCUUCCUCAGCUCUUGGCAAAGUAUUCAACAGAUGCACAAAAAGUGGCAAGUCUUCUGCAGAUUCCUCAGUAUUAUGAUUUAGAUGUUUACAGUACGGGACAUCUAGAGCAGCAUUUGGAUGCUUUGCUGAGAGAGAUAAAAGACAUUGCGUCCAAACACUCUGACAUAUCUGUCCUUGAGGCUUCCUCCAGGACUUACUAUGUCCUCUGCAGUGAAGAACUUGCCAUCUAUAGCCAGGUGGAUUGUGCCCGAACUCAACUGAUAGAUGAGUUGAUGCGAGAGCUUAACCAGCUACUUGAUGACUUCUGCCAAAAGGAAGAAGGAUUUUGUUUGGAUGCAGGAGAAAUUUCUCGGAUGCACUCUGCUUUGAGAAGAGUAGCAGCUUUUCAUAAUGCCCAUGAUCUCACCAAGUGGAAUCCGUAUGACAAGACUUCAAGGUUGCUGGUGUUUGAAAUGGAACGUGGGAGUUUGCCUGUGCUGGUGAUCCUGCCAGCACUCCAGUGCACAUAUUUUUCUCUCCUGUGGCGACUAGCUGCAGUUUCAGAAAAUUCUCCCAAGGAGUCUCUUUUUGCACUAAGAAGAGAGCUGAGACGUUUCAGUCAGAUUUGCCUGUGCUUCCUCCACCACAAGGAAGAAGGUGUAAGAGAAAAGGCCUUCAUGAUACUCUGUGACUGGUUGCUGAUUUUGAGUCAUCAGGAUUCAAAGAAUAAGGAAGAAGCAGUUGGACUUCUAGAUUAUCUUCCCAGCACAUCACUGCAGGAAAAACUACUUUCGUUUAUCCAGGAACAUGUUUUCACAGAGGCAGAAGAGGAAAGCAGAGACCUGACAGAAGAAGAGGAGAGAAAGGACGAAAGUUGCAAACUGGACGAUUUGCACAAGAAGCGGAGUCUCCUUGCGGCGUAUUGCAGGUUAAUAGUGUUCAAUGUGGUGGAGAUGACUGCGGCCGCUGAGAUCUAUAAGCAUUACGUGAAGACCUACAAUGACUUUGGAGACAUAAUUAAGGAAACAUUAAGCAAGACGAGGCACAAUAACAAAAUCCAGAGUGCCAAGACACUGAUUCUCUGUCUGCAGCAGUUGUUUCAGGCACACGCAGAAAGCCAAGACAGCAGCAGCAACGUGGACUUCACCUCUGCUUCCUUCACAAAUAUGAAGGAACUCGCUCGUCGCUUUUCUCUAACGUUUGGCUGGGACCAAGUGAAAUCUAGAGAAUCUGUAGCCAUGAUACACAAGGAAGGGAUUGAAUUUGCUUUUCAAGGGACCACUGGAGUCCGUGGAAAAUGUGUGCCUCCAAACUUGAGCUUUCUGUUACUCAUCAGUGAGUUUUCCAACAAGCUGCUAAAGCCGGACAAAAGACUAGUGUAUGCCUACUUGCAGAGGUACAUGGCAGAGCCCCUGCCCUGCCGAGGAGACGAGUGGCAGCCGCUGGUUUGGUACAGAAACUCCUUACUGGCAAAUGAAGACGAGGAGAGCUCUGUCCCUGGCGGUUCAGGAGAGUGGGCCCCCGUGGGCACAUCUAAGGUGCCUGCUUUUAAAAGGAAAUUGUCGAAUGGGUCUUUACCUGAAAGCAGCCAGACUGAAGCAGCACGCAAGGCCCCGGAGCUGCAGUGUGCUUCCCAGCUGGCCUCUGCAGCAGGGAGAAGCAGAAAGAGGCUGAAAUCUCGAGAGAUGCAUUUGCAGGAUCGUUUGCCGUUCCUUUGUCCAGGAGCGACGCGGAGAAGAUACUGCAAAGAUGAGGUUAAGGCUGAAGAUGUCUCAGAGGAGGGUCGAGGAAAACACACAGUUGAAGAUGAUGAUGUUGAUGUGGUUGGUGCAGACCAGGACAGUUAAGAUGCUGCAAGGAUAAAUGAAAGUGAAGAACACGCUCCUGUUUAUUUUCUACAAGUUAACUGAAAAUGGGGUUGUGAUGGCAUCAGCCAAGGCAGCAGGAGAUGUCUGUGGAGUCAACUCUUUGCCUGUAGGCAUCCACCCAGCACCAGCUACUUGCACCACGUCUGAUUUCUCCCCAUUACUGUUUGUGGGUGUCAGCCAUUUGCCUCUUGAGGUUGUGGGCAUCACGAUGAACAUCAUCCUCACUCAGCUGCAUCCUGCUCCUCGCUGCUCUCUUGGAACAAAACCCAGCUGAAGCACUGGAAUCUGGGUAUUGUCAGAUACAGAGUCAGAGGCUCUGUAAACUGGAUGAGAUGAGCUUGCUCAGAGCACUGCAGGGGCACCUGGAUGUUCUGCUGGACAUGUUCUUUACUAGUUGAGAUAACAGAGAUGAACGUUUACUUCUUUCCGUGUACCUGACCCUGCCCCAGCUGUGAGCAGUGACCUGCUGGGGCAUGGCAAGUGACUUGGCAGUGCCCUUUCCUGCCUGUAACACAGAACAUCUGCAUCAAACAUCUGACAGUAUUUCUAAACCCCAGUGCUUGCAGAGGUGUGGUUCGUGGUCUGUGGGGAUCCAGCACAUUCCCAGGAGACUCGCAUCAGGGCUUCUGAGUAACGAAGGAAGAGUGGGCCAGUUGUCUUGAGUAUUUUCCUCUGGAAGAAAACAUUCAUGUGCCAUGAGCAUGUGGGAUUUACUUGGAAGAUACAAAGCAUGAAAAGACAGUGUAAUAGGCUGUAAAUAGUGCCCUUCAAAAGCAGCUUCUCCAUGAGGAAUUUGCAAAUAGUCUUCACUCAGGCACGUUUCAAAGGCAGGAGAAGUGGUGCCUGCUUUGGCCAGCCCUUUGGCAAUGCUCCCUGGAAUUGUAUAUUGCAUUAAUCUUAGCAGCUUUAUUAUUUUUUUAAAUAUAUAUAUUUUUUGGAUUGUAACCGUGUAAAAUAAACCACAGCCUUGUUGCUACCCAUCA